UUUCUCGAUGAAUCAUAUCUAGUUAUUUAAUUACAAAGUUUGUAAUCGUAAUUAUUCGCGUUCAGAAUAUUAGUGAAUUGAAUACUGAUAAUUGCCUUGAAGGCUGCCUCCUGUACCUCCGACGCUACGAGAAAACGAGUUUCAAUGACGUAGAAAUAACUUUCACUCAAAAUAUGUUAUCGCACUAAUGGUUCAACUCGGUUGUAGCUUUUUACAUUCACACUUACAACUUCACAUCGUGAUCAGUAAUCGCGUUAUGUACUUUGAAAGAAAUAUUAUGGACAGUGGAUGAAGCCUACGACACUCGAAUAAAUCAUAAAUUGCUUUCACAUUGAAAAAUGAUAAAUUAAGGUACGCAAAUUUUUCUUUUUUUUUUUAAAGCUUCACAUUUCUUUAAGUUUAAAUCUAAGCAACGGAUUCUUCCCAUUUCUAUUUCAAUAAUGAUUUAUACCAAAUUGUUGAAAUACGGAGCACUGGGUUUAGGAGGAUUUGGCGCCGCCGGAACAUAUGCGUCACUUCGAUCAAAUCAAUACAAUUUAGAUUCUAUUGGAAUUGUUAGAUUUGGACGCGCAUCAUGCACUGCUCUCACGAUCGUGUUUUAUUACAAAACCUCGCUGUACGGUAGCGGUAAAGAUUGGGAUAAAAAUUCACCAGAAUAUUUAGAACUGAGAUCAACAACGCAUAAAAAAGCCGCCAAUAAACUCUUGGAAUUAUGUAGACUGAAUAAAGGAGUGUACAUCAAAGUAGGCCAGCACAUUGGAGCUUUAGAUUAUGUCUUGCCCUCCGAAUACGUCGAAACGAUGAAAGUAUUGCACAGUCGAGCUCCUGCGUCUACUAUUGAAGAAGUGUAUCAGGUUAUUCGAGAAGAUUUCAAAAAAGAACCUGACGAUGUAUUUGAAAGUAUAGAUUCCGCUCCUCUUGGAGCAGCUUCGCUUGCCCAAGUUCACAAAGCUAAACUUAAAGACGGACGUAUGGUUGCUCUCAAAGUACAACAUCCUUCUGUCAAGGGAAAUUCGACAGUUGAUAUGAAAACGAUGGAGAUUUUAUCCAAAAUCGUGUCAUACAUGUUACCAGAUUUUAAAGUACAAUGGCUAGUUGACGAAACCAAAAAGAACAUACCGAGAGAACUGGACUUCGAAUUAGAGGCUGAUAAUACAGAAAAAGCAAGGCAAAUGUUUCGUCAUCUGCCUUGGCUUAAGAUCCCGUCUGUGUUCAGAGAUUUAUGCAGUCAUCGCGUACUAGCGUUAGAAUUUGUCGAAGGGGGUCAAGUCAAUGAUUUGGAUUACAUAAAACAACAUAAAAUUAACCCUUACGAAGUAUCAGAUAAAUUAGGCAAGUUAUACAGCGAGAUGAUCUUCAAACGAGGAUUUGUCCAUAGCGAUCCACAUCCAGGAAAUAUUUUAGUCAAAAAAACACCUAGUGGGGAGGUUGAAAUAGUACUUCUUGAUCAUGGUUUAUAUGCUACAUUAAGCGAUGAUUUUCGUUACGAAUACGCCCAAUUGUGGAUAAGUAUACUCAACAAAGAUAUGCAGGAAAUGGCUAUUCAUUGCACAGCUUUAGGCGUGCCUGAUUUAUUUUGGCUGCUUGCUUCAAUGGUUACCGGAAGAUCUUGGGAUGCGAUUAAAGCUGGUUUAAAUACGACCAGAUUUGAUUCCAGCGAGAAAGAAUUAGUCCAAAGAGAAUUUCCCAAUUUGCUGACGUAUAUAUCAGAUGUAUUAUCGAAUGUUAAUAGGCAGAUGAUUUUAAUUUUCAAAACUAAUGACUUGUUAAGAGGUAUCGAACAUACUUUGCAAACUUAUUCAAGAAUGGAAAGUUUUUCCGUCAUUACCAAGAACUGCAUUGAAACUAUUUAUGCAGAAAGAAAAAAACAGUGUGCAUCUUCAUUGUCAAGAUGGAGCGUUACUUGUGGCCAAUAUUGGGCUCUGUUUAGAUUAUCCAUGUAUUAUAAUUAUUUAAGAGUUUAUAGUUGGUUUUUUGUUUGAUGUACCUUUUGUGUUUGGUUAAAUAAAAAACCACUUACGGAA